AGAAACCUUAUUAGAGGCUUAAACCCCUCUUCUUCAGUUUCCCCCCAUCGGAGCCACCGUCCAUGGAACUCUGUUGAGAGAAUUCCGGCGACUGAUUAAGGGCGCACGAUAGAGGGACGCUUACAGUGGUAAUGAGAGAUGCGUGUUCUUCUCCAUAAUCCCCAGUUGCUUGUUCGCAGACUUCCCCUCUGCUCUUUAAACGUAGCUGCUCUAAUGGGUUCCAGACAGUUGCUCAAGACCCCUUCUUCUUUCGCUCUGGUGCCUCUAAACCAUAAUUAUCGUUCAGAAAAGCACCGUUCCAGUAUCUGCAGACGCAUGGUGCGUGUUCUUGCUUCACAACCCAUCUCGAACAACCACCCUUUCAGGCUUAAGACUAAUGGGUUCUCCUCUAUUGCUAGUCCCACUGUUGCUAGUCCAGUUUAUACUGAGGGUUUGGAAGAGAGGAGCUUGCCUGUGAGUCAUUUGGAGGUUCGUUUGGAGAUACUGAAGUGGAAAUUAAAUAAGCUUGGCUUCGACACAGACACAUGUACUCCUGGAAAGCAGCACUCUAGUUUACUUUGUCCAGUGUGCAAAGGUGGCGAUUCAGAGGAGAAAAGCUUAUCUCUUGUAAUUAGCCCAGAUGGGGCUUCAGCAUCAUGGAUUUGUUUUAGAGGAAAAUGUGGGUGGAAGGGCAACACAAGGGCUUUAGCAGAUGGAAAAUCAUCAUUUGCAAGUCAAAGCAAGAUUAACAGCCCAAAGGUCAAGAGAAAAAUCACGGUUGAAUGUCUGGGAUUAGAGCCCCUCAGUAAUCAGCUUCUUGCAUAUUUUGCGGAGCGAAUGAUAUCUAAAGAAACACUGCACAGAAAUGCUGUUAUGCAAAAAAGAUGUAAUGAUAAGGGCGACGAGUUUGCUAUUGCAUUUACUUACUGGCGUAAAGGGGAGCUUGUAAAUUGCAAAUACCGGGAUGUAACGAAGAGAUUUUGGCAGGAGAGGGAGACUGAAAGGAUUUUUUAUGGGCUGGAUGAUAUAGAGGAAGCAAGUGAUGUCAUCAUUGUUGAAGGUGAAAUGGACAAACUUGCAAUGGAGGAAGCUGGCUUUCGUAAUUGCGUCAGUGUUCCUGAUGGUGCACCUCCAUCAGUUUCUGCUAACGAGUUGCCAGUUGAAGAGAAGGACAUAAAAUAUCAGUACCUAUGGAACUGCAAAGAGUACCUAAAGACGGCAUCACGAAUUAUACUUGCCACUGAUGGAGAUCAACCUGGUCAAGCCUUAGCUGAAGAGCUUGCACGCCGCGUUGGAAGAGAAAGAUGCUGGCGUGUUAAAUGGCCAAAGAAAAAUGAUAAGGAGAAUUUCAAAGAUGCAAAUGAGGUGCUUAUGUUUUUAGGAGCCAAUGAACUGAGGGAAGUAAUUGAGAAUGCUGAACUAUAUCCCAUUAGUGGAUUAUUCAACUUUAGAGAUUACUUCAAUGAAAUUGAUGCAUAUUACCAUCGGACCUUAGGAUUUGAAUUUGGUGUCUCAACUGGAUGGAGGGCUUUAAAUGAGCUUUACAAUGUUGUGCCUGGAGAGUUGACUAUAGUCACAGGGGUUCCGAACUCAGGAAAGAGUGAGUGGAUUGAUGCUCUUCUAUGCAAUCUUAAUGAAGCUGUUGGUUGGAAGUUUGCACUUUGUUCCAUGGAGAACAAGGUUCGGGAGCAUGCCAGAAAACUUCUAGAGAAGCACAUAAAAAAACCAUUCUUCAAUGCAAGUUAUGGAGAAUCUGUUGAACGAAUGAGUGUUGAUGAAUUAGAGGAAGGGAAGAAAUGGUUGAGUGAGACAUUUUCUCUCAUCAGAUGUGAAAACGAUUCCCUUCCAAGUAUAAAAUGGGUCCUUGAUCUUGCAAGGGCAGCAGUCUUAAGACAUGGAGUGCGAGGACUUGUAAUUGAUCCUUACAAUGAACUUGAUCACCAACGCCCUUCCAACCAGACUGAAACAGAGUACGUAAGUCAGAUGCUUACAUUAGUCAAGCGAUUUGCUCAGCAUCAUGCUUGCCAUGUCUGGUUUGUUGCACAUCCUAGACAGUUGCACCAUUGGGUUGGAGCUCCUCCCAACCUCUAUGACAUAAGUGGAAGUGCACACUUCAUAAACAAAUGUGACAAUGGGAUUGUUGUUCAUCGUAAUCGGGAUCCUGAGGCUGGACCAAUUGAUCAAGUACAAGUUUGUGUACGCAAGGUACGUAAUAAGAUAGCAGGAACCAUAGGCGAUGCCUACCUGUCAUAUAAUAGGGUGACAGGUGAAUAUACAGACAUUGGUGAUGAAUCAAAGAAAAAAUAAGCCACCAUGCUUGUGUUUGUAUAAAUUAUACAGCGGGAAUUGUGAUUUUUAUUUAGUAUGGAGCAUAGUGGAUAGUAUUACAUUGAGGUUAAGUAACCUGAAAUUUUGGGGAAAUUGGUGGAGAGGAAUGGAUAAUAGUAAAGAUUUGCCAGGAGCUGACUGAGGGUGGGUACAUAUGGUUACGAAAUUAGUAUAUCUAGAAACUGUUGUGAUGGGUCUACUUAAUUUGUAAUAUAGUAUUAACAUUAUUAGGGUUUCAUCACUAAUAUAUUUUAUAAGAAUGAAUAUUUAAAUUAACU